AUGGCUACCAAGAAGCUUCCUCAGCUGGUGGAAUUGGAGAUUGGGGAGCAGCGGAGCAAUAAACCUACGCUUCUUGAUGGCGCGCUCAGUGUGAGUGUGGUGGUGGUGGUGGUGAUUGUGCUGGCUGUGGUGGUGAUUGUGCUGGCUGUGGUGGUGAUUGUGCUGGCUGUGGUGGUGAUUGUGCUGGCUGUGGUGGUGAUUGUGCUGGCUGUGGUGGUGAUUCUGCUGGCUGUGGUGGUGAUUCUGCUGGCUGUGGUGGUGAUUCUGCUGGCUGUGGUGGUGAUUGUGCUGGCUGUGGUGGUGAUUGUGCUGGCUGUGGUGGUGAUUGUGCUGGCUGUGGUGGUGAUUGUGCUGGCUGUGGUGGUGAUUGUGCUGGCUGUGGUGGUGAUGGUGCUGGCUGUGGUGGUGAUUGUGCUGGCUGUGGUGGUGAUUGUGCUGGCUGUGGUGGUGAUUGUGCUGGGUGUGGUGGUAAUUGUGCUGGCUGUGGUGGUGAUUGUGCUGGGUGUGGUGGUGAUUGUGCAGGCUGUGGUGGUGAUUGUGCUGGCUGUGGUGGUGAUUGUGCUGGCUGUAGUGGUGAUUGUGCUGGGUGUGGUGGUUAUUGUGCUGGGUGUGGUGGUGAUUGUGCUGGCUGUGGUGGUGAUUGUGCUGGCUGUGGUGGUGAUUGUGCUGGGUGUGGUGGUGAUUGUGCUGGGUGUGGUGGUGAUUGUGCUGGGUGUGGUGGUGAUUGUGCUGGCUGUGGUGGUGAUUGUGCUGGGUGUGGUGGUGAUUGUGCUGGGUGUGGUGGUGAUUGUGCUGGGUGUGGUGGUGAUUGUGCUGGGUGUGGUGGUGAUUGUGCUGGUGAUUGUCCUAGGUGUGGUGGUGAUUGUGCUGGGUAUGGUGGUGAUUGUGCUGGGUGUGGUGGUGAUUGUCCUAGGUGUGGUGGUGAUUGUCCUGGGUGUGGUGGUGAUUCUCCUGGCUGUGGUGGUGAUUGUGCUGGCUGUGGUGGUGAUGGUGCUGGCUGUGGUGGUGAUGGUGCUGGCUGUGGUGGUGAUGCUGCUGGCUGUGGUGGUGAUUCUGCUGGCUGUGGUGGUGAUUCGGCUGGCUGUGGUGGUGAUUCUGCUGGCUGUGGUGGUGAUUCUGCUGGCUGUGGUGGUGAUGGUGCUGGCUGUGGUGGUGAUGGUGCUGGCUGUGGUGGUGAUGGUGCUGGCUGUGGUGGUGAUGGUGCUGGCUGUGGUGGUGAUGGUGCUGGCUGUGGUGGUGAUGGUGCUGGCUGUGGUGGUGAUGGUGCUGGCUGUGGUGGUGAUGGUGCUGGCUGUGGUGGUGAUGGUGCUGGCUGUGGUGGUGAUGGUGCUGGCUGUGGUGGUGAUGGUGCUGGCUGUGGUGGUGAUUGUGCUGGGUGUGGUGGUGAUGGUGCUCGCUGUGGUGUUGAUUGUGCUGGGUGUGGUGGUGAUUGUGCUGGGUGUGGUGGUGAUUGUGCUGGGUGUGGUUGUGAUUGUGCUGGGUGUGGUGGUGAUUGUGCUGGGUGUGGUGGUGAUUGUGCUGGGUGUGGUGCUGAUUGUGCUGGGUGUGGUGCUGAUUGUGCUGGGUGUGGUGGUGAUUGUGUUGGCUGUGGUGGUGAUUGUGCUGGCUGUGGUGGUGAUUGUGCUGGCUGUGGUGGUGAUUAUGCUGGGGGGGGCUGAGAGAGGAGAGACCUCUAUGGGUGGUGGUGGUGGUGGUGAGAUCGGAGAGGAGGUGGAGAGGGAUAAGGGUUGGGGAAUGCGCGAGAGUAUAGGCGAUGGUGAAGGCGGCGAUUUAGGGACAGCCGAGGUCCUUGGUGACACCGUCAUGGCCGAUGGUGCGGGUGAUGAGGAGAGGGAGGUGGAAGAUAAGGAAGGGUCGGAGGAGGGUGGCAAGGAGGAUGAGGAGUCCGAGGGAGAGUAG